GGGGUUGAAUCCGGAAGCAGGCAGCAGAGCUCUGUUUGAUGAACCCACAGGGCUCGAGACUGAACAACCGUACACAGGUUAGGUAUGCUGUGAGACAGGUAUCUAAUGACUCUGCAUUUCCGACACAGACAAAUCCUUGAUCAUGUCUCAGAGGGACCUGAAGGAAGCGUUUGUCAGUAAUCUCAAUGGGACCAGUCUGCAAGAGGUGGCGCUGGGAUCAUUUCUCACCCCAGUGUGUCUCAUCAACAGAGGACUGAUUUUGACCCUCUAUUAUCAGGCCAAAGGGACUCUUCCACUGCCACUUCCACUGAUUUCUCAUCUGCUUCUAGACUUCUGUGUGCUCAUCCUUCCCCUCGUGCUGUCAUGCACCGUUCUGAGCGACAUUCUUCACCAGGUCAUCUUGGGCCUGGCUGUUGUGUCGGCUUGUGUGUUUUGCUACAUCUACCGUGUCAGCAGUCAACCCCAGAACACCAUCAGCGCCUUCCUUCAGAGUCACGUUCAGUUCGAUCAGAUUCCCUUUGUGACCAUCUUUCGAGUGUUUGUAAAUGUGAAAACAGCCAUCAGCAUUCUCGCCGUAGACUUUAUUGUCUUUCCGAGGCGAUAUGCUAAAACUGAAACUUAUGGGACGGGGGUUAUGGACUCUGGCGUUGGAGCGUAUGUCUUUGCAAAUGCCCUCGUCUGUCCAGAAGCACGGGGGAAGAAUGUCUCAGGAUCCAAGAUGAACCAUAUCAGAAAGCAGCUGCUGUCCGUCUGGCCUCUGGUUGUACUUGGCAUGGCAAGACUAGUGAGUGUCAAAAUGUCCGGCUACCACGAGCAUGUGUCGGAAUACGGGGUCCACUGGAAUUUUUUCUUCACGCUAGCCAUUGUAAGAGUCGUAGCUUCUGUGAUUUUGUCCGUUUUACCAGCCAGUCAGUCAUGGCUCGUUGCCCUCCUGAUAAGUGGAUUGUAUCAGCUCACUCUGGAGAUAACGGGGCUGAAGGGGUUCAUUAUCCACAACAACGACAGAGACAAGGACUUUCUGCACGCCAACAAGGAAGGCAUAUUCUCUGUAGUGGGCUACGUAGCCGUCUACAUGGCAGGAGUUCAGGUUGGGCUCUAUGUGAUGAAACCAAGAUCAAAUGUUAGACAGUGGCUCAAAACACUUUUUAACCUCUUGUUGGGAAGUUUUGUUCUGUACACAUCUCUGUACCAGUGUCAGACACUCGUGGAGCCGGUGUCUCGCCGCUUAGCUAACUUACCUUUCUGCCUCUGGAGUGUUGCUCAGUCUUUGUUCUUUAUGUGCUGUCUCGGCGUAGCUGAUAUGAUUCUACUGUUUUCCAAAAGAUCAUCCGGCUGUCAACUCAUACCUUCAUCGUGGAAUUUGUAUAAAAAACCAUCAGACUCUGAGAAAAAGACGGGUGAAAUUGAGAGACACUGUCUCGUCCAGGCCGUCAGCAGGAAUCAGUUGUUGUUUUUCUUGCUUGCCAAUGUCAUGACCGGACUGACCAACUCAGUGGUGGACACGCUGACCUGCGGCAGCUCGUUGUCAGUGUGCGUCUUGCUGUUGUACAUGUUGAUGAAUUGCCUUGUGAUACAUGUUUUACAUCUUUGUGGAAUUACAGUGAAAUUUUGGUAAAAUUUGAUUAAAUAAAGGACAGGGUUCAUUUGGGUAUUUUUUAAGGUUUUUGAAGGGCUGCAGUGACGAACCUUUAAAGUCAAGACAGUAAAAAAAGAAGAUAUAUUCUGUCAUGCUGAUGAUACUGUUGUACAUAAUGCGUUUAUGCAAAUGAGUGCAUGUCUUGAAGGGUGUGUCCAAAUAAGUAAAAAAAAAUACUGUGAAAC